AUGGAGCAGAAUGCCCGAGACAUCGAGCUUCGGGAGCAGGACCGAUGGCUACCUAUAGCCAACGUGGCCCGGCUAAUGAAAAACACCUUGCCCACAACGGCCAAGGUCUCCAAGGACGCCAAGGAGUGCAUGCAAGAAUGCGUUUCCGAAUUCAUCUCCUUCAUCACCAGCGAGGCGAGCGACAAGUGCUUGCGCGAGAAGCGCAAAACCAUAAAUGGCGAGGACAUACUAUAUUCAAUGUACGACUUGGGGUUUGAGAACUACGCUGAGGUGUUGAAGAUUUACUUGGCCAAGUAUCGCGAACAGCAGGUGUUGAGGCAGGAGCGGGGCGAGACCAGAAUGACGAAGAAACAGUUGAAGCUUCAAGCUGCUCAAGCUACACAGGAGUUAGAAGAGGAGGAAGAAGACGAAGGUGAAAACGGCGUUGGUGGUGUCGGGACGUUGGAUGGUGAAGAACAGUUUGAGCUGAUACAUCCUGCGCAAUCCUAUGAGUCGAUGAGUCUAGGUGAGGUUGACGCCCUAAGUGUCGAAGGAAAUUUGGUAGACUCGGCUCAGCCUUAG